AUUACAAUAUAAGUUGAUCUGGCAUGAGAAUUGAAUUGGGACACCGUUUCUUCGUCUGCCAUGCGCACGCGCUAGAUUUCGCUCAAAGUCUCUUUGCCUCGUGCAUAGACUAGAACCCGCGACUGAAUUGAAAAACGAAAUUGUGCCUUUUUAGCUCUCUCCAAAUUUAAUUCCUAGCUGCUCACUGCUUAAUUUCCCUCUCAUAAUUGGGAGAAUGAUCCGGUUCAUACUGCUACAGAACAGGCAGGGAAAGACCCGUCUUGCCAAGUACUACGUUCCUCUCGAGGAUUCCGAGAAGCACAAAGUCGAAUACGAGGUUCAUCGAUUGGUGGUAAACAGAGAUCCCAAAUUCACAAAUUUUGUCGAGUUCCGCACACACAAAGUAAUAUACAGGCGAUAUGCAGGGUUAUUUUUCUCGCUCUGUGUUGACAUUACUGAUAAUGAGUUGGCCUAUUUGGAGUGCAUCCAUCUAUUUGUGGAGAUUUUGGACCAUUUCUUCAGCAAUGUGUGCGAGCUAGAUUUGGUUUUUAACUUUCACAAGGUUUAUUUGAUACUCGAUGAAUUCAUUCUUGCUGGAGAGCUCCAAGAAACAAGCAAAAAGGCGAUUAUUGAGAGAAUGGGCGAGCUGGAGAAGUUAGAGUGAAAAUUUUCUGUGUUCCAGAAAAUCGAACGAGAAAAAGUGUUUCCUUUUUCAUUACUGUACUGUGGUCCUCCACUUCUUUUCCCAUUUCGCUCUGUGAAUAAAACGUGACUGUGCACGUUCACUCUGCAGAUUGCUGUUUGGUGUAGUGCUUCAUAGGUGGAUUACAGAUAGAGACAUACAAGACAUGUUAAUUAAUAGUACACUAUUUAUUAUUAGUAUUCGUAAGAAUUAAAUAUUUUGA